UUCUUUCCCUUUAUAUACCAUACCAUCCAUCCAUCCAUCUUUUCUCUCCAUAGCCCCUUCUUCUGAAGCCAAGCAACGGCCAAGCAACAAGAAUGGUCACACACGAUCGACCACUCAGCACCAUGAGCCCAUCCUCUGCAGACCAGCCAUCCCAGCAGCAGCAAAAGCAGAAGCAAAAGCCAAGAAAGCCCAAGAACAAGAGCAAAAACAAGCCAGACCCUCAACCAGCUGCACCGAAAGUCCUUCUUGCCGACAAGAUCGGACAAUCUCUCUACGACCGCCUCAUCGACAGCAGCAGCGCCAACACCACACACUCGACCUCCUCGUCCCUCAAAAGCCUCGCCUCCAGCCGCACCAGCCAUGACUCCUCCUCCUCGUCCUCCUCUUCCUCCAACCCUAACAGAAACCACACCCACAACAAACCCCUCCCCCUCUCCCAUCCCCCGAAUCCACACCCUCACGUACCCCCACCCCCGGUCUCGACAAUCACCUCCCUCGCCGCCCACCACGGCCAAAUCUCGCACAUGGGCCUCCUCGACCCCAGCUACCACCUCUUCCUGAACACCACCCACACCGGCCUGCUGUGCUUCAAAGUGCUCAACAAAGUGGCCAUCAUCGCCGGCGACCCGCUCUGCCACCCGUCAUCCUUCUCCUCGCUCCUCUCGGAGUUCAAGGUCUACCGAAAGCGGCAGCACUGGGGCAUUGCGUUCCUAGGCGCGAGCCCAGAACUACUCCACCACGCCAGAAUCACGAACGCGCACUGGACGAGUCUGCAGUUCGGGCAGGAGAGGGUGUUGAAUCCCCUUACGAGUCCGAUCCUCGCGGAGACGGCGGGGAAGAGGAUUCUGGUGCAGAAUAAGCAGUUGUUGAAGGGCGGGUGGGAGGUGGAUGUUUAUGUUCCCGGGGGACAUGGGGAUGAAGCGUUGGAGAGCGAGUUACGCGGCAUAUAUGAUGAGUGGCGCAGCGAGCGGAAUACCAGUGGGACAACGCAGGCGUUCAUCACCGAGUAUGAUCCCUUCUCGAUGCCGGAGCUGAUGACGUACGUUUACUGCAAGGGGCCUGGCACCGGUCCCGACAGCGCAGUGUGCGGAUUCGCAGCAUUACGAUGGAUCGGUGCCAAAGGCGGCUAUCACCUCGACCCGUGCAUCGCGAGACCCGGGGCCGCGCGGGGCCUGAGCGAUCUGUUGGUGUUUUCGGCGAUGGCGCUGCUGCGGAAGGCCGGCGUCGGGUAUCUAGGGUUUGGCUACGAGCCGUUUGAGCAUCUGGGGGAGGUGGUGGGGUUGCCUGGCCCCGUGGAGAAGAUGACCCGCAUGGUGUAUCGGUAUACGUUCCAGAGGCUGCCGAUUAGUGGGAAGAAGGCGUAUCAUGAUCGGUUUCGCCCGGAUGAGGACCUGGAUCGAGGGCUGUUUUUGGUGUUUCCGGCCGCGUUGCCGGAGGUGAGGCAGAUGGUGGCCAUGACGCACAUUGCGAAUAUUAGUAUUCGGCGGUUGGUGUUUCGGGUGUGAUUAUAUUGUUUAGAGAAUACUGCUAGGGAGCUGUUGGGACUUGGGAUGGUUGGCUUAGUGAUUGGUUUUGGAAUGGGGAUGUGAGUGUGAGUGUGAGUGUGCAUAUGGGGGUUUGGGGGUUUGUAAUACUAUAGCGGUGAUUCUUAUUGCUUGUAUACACCCUUUUUGUCUAUGAUUAUCUUCUUC